GGCGGCCGAGCGAGCAAGCGGCGGCAGAAGCAGCGGCAGCGGGCGGUGCGCCUCCGAAGCGCCGGGGGGCUCAUUCCGCAGCGGCCUCUCGGUGGCGCGGCGCGCGGAGCGCCGCUCGCCCCCUCCAUGCGCCGGGCCGGGGCCGCAGCGCCGCCGCGGGGGACUCUGCCAGGCGCGCCGCUCGCCGCCACGCCGGAGCUGCUGCCCGCGCCACCCGCCUGAGGCCAGCCCCCAGCCAGCCAGCCGCCGGCGGGUCCGCAGCCAGGAGCCAGCCAGGGCAGAACCAUGACCCCGCUCCCCCUCGCUGGUGUCGUCGUCGUCCUCCUCCUCCUCCUCGUGGUUGGCUAUGGGUCCUCUGAGAACUCCAGCACCUCCCGAGGGUGUGGGCUGGACCUCCUUCCGCAGUACGUCUAUCUCUGUGACUUGGAUGCGGUCUGGGGGAUCGUGGUGGAGGCCGUGGCUGGGGCCGGCGUGCUGACCUCACUGCUACUGCUGCUGAUUCUGCUGGCACGGCUGCCCUUCAUCACGGAGAAGGAGAAGAGGAGUCCGCUGGGGGUGCAUUUCCUCUUCCUGCUGGGGACCCUGGGCCUCUUCGGCCUGGCCUUCGCCUUCAUCAUCCAGGAGGACGAGGCCGUCUGCUUAGUGCGCCGGUUCCUGUGGGGCGUCCUCUUUGCGCUGUGCUUCUCGUGUUUGCUGGCCCAAGCCUGGAGGGUCCGCAAGCUGGUCCGCCAUGGCAAAAGCCCGUCCGGCUGGCAGCUGGCUGGCGUGGCCACCUGCCUUGCCCUGGUCCAGGUGAUUAUUGCCACCGAGUGGCUGGUCCUGACGGUGGUGAGGGAUGGCAAGUUAGCUUGCAGCUAUGAGCCCCUGGAUUUCGCCAUGGCCUUGAUCUACGUCAUGUUUCUGAUGGUGGCGGCGCUGGGCUUGGCCUUCUUCACGCUGUGCGGGAAGUUCAAGAAGUGGAAAAAGAACGGGGUGUGUCUCAUCCUGGCCGGUUUUUUCUCCAUUCUCAUUUGGGUUGCUUGGCUGACAAUGUAUCUCUUUGGGAAUAAGGAACUGCGGAGAAGAGACCAGUGGAGCGACCCCACCCUGGCCAUAGCACUGGUGUCCAGUGGUUGGGUCUUUGUGAUCUUCCACGCCAUCCCAGAGGUUCACUGCUCCAUCCUCCCACCCCAGCAAGAAAACACGCCAAAUUAUUUUGAUACUUCACAACCACGCAUGCGGGAAACGGCUUUCGAGGAUGACCUUCAGCUUCCUCGGAGCUACAUGGAGAAUAAAGCCUUCUCAAUGGAUGAACACAAUGCAGCUCUCCGGACGGCAGGGUUUCGCAACGGCAGCUUGGGGAGCCGGCCGAGCGCACCCUUCAGAAGCAACGUCUACCAGCCCACUGAGAUGGCGGUUGUCCUCAACGGAGGGACUAUUCCAAGCGCUCCGCCAAGUUACACUGGAAGACACCUUUGGUGAAAAGCUUGUAGGCUGUAGAGGAUGAGAGAGAACCAUUAACAGAUUUUAUUCCCUGGCAGUGUGUCUUUUCUGAGGGAGGAGUCAAUAACGCUAGCAAAGAACCAGCCAGAGCAAGAACCCAUCCAGGAAGGCUGAGAUUGGAUUGCUUUUUAUAUUAUAUCGAUAAAAUAUAAUAUAAAGAAAUAAUUGAACCGAUAAGCUAACCACAAAAGCAAAACCUCUGCAGUGAAUUAUAAGCUGAAAGCAAAAUUAAAACUAGAUGUAGGCACCUGCUUUUUUAAAAAUGGGAGAAGGGGCCAUGGUGUGUUGAAGUGGUGGAUGGGUUCCUGGCUGGAGCUAGUCCUCGAGGCAAACCUGGACAUUUGGUCGCCUGUUGCUGUGGAGAGGAAUGAAAUAAAAGAUGUCCUGAUUGAAACUUAAAGCGACACUGCCUCAAGAGAUUGCCCUGAAGGCUGUCUUUCUACUUUGCUGAUUCUCCUUUGCUGAUUUCAGAGGUCACAAGAAUCAUGUCAUGCAAUGAGUGAGGGAGCAGCCAAACAGAAUUUCCCAGCUAACUGCACUGGUGCAACAGAGAAGCAGCCAUUUUUGACAUCUUCCCCUUCCCCCGGAAGCCCUCUGUGCCACUUAUAUGUCCCCAAGGGCUGCAUAACCCUCAGGGACAUAUCUUUAGGUGGCACAGAGGGCUUCCUGGGGAAGGGGAAGAUGUCGAAAAUGGUGCACACUGGUGCAGUUAGUUGGGAAAUUCCUCUAGGCUGUAUUGGUGCACCCUUGCUCUGUGGGUCAGCCAGUGUCUUAUAGGGACCCAUGAUGGGCCUUUUAAUGCAAAGUCACCCCCAGAAUAAAGGAAAAGAGUGGGUGGAUUGUUUUCAUGCACUAUGUACUCAUUAGGUUGCUGGGGCUGAAGUCCUAUACACACUUUCCUGGGCAUAAGCGCCAUUGGCUAUAGUGAGACUUACUUCUGAGUAAACACAGGAUUGUUUAAUAAGGUGGUGAGUACUGGUGUGUCCACAGAAAUCCUGUCCUAUGCAAUAAACCAAGUUGGGUGACUUCUAUAGCUCCCUCUUCUAUUUCUAUUUUUAAAUUGGAAAGCCUAUAACUGCUUUCCCAAGCAGUGUUCUCUGUAAUGGGGUACCCAUAUGCUGACUACAACUCCCAUCAUCCCUAGCUGCUGGGGAUGAUAGGAGCAGUCGUUGUCAACAUCUGGCAAUCCGUUACAGGAAACACCGACGCUCAGCUGCCUUUUUCUGGGCGUUUGGAAAGGAAGGGCAGUUCUGACUCCCCCCCUUCCCCCCACCCCGGGGGGGUGAUGUAUGCGAAGUUGCACCGUGGGUGCAGGGAGAGAAACAGUGCCGACAGAGGCUGUGUGGCUCCCAAGCAGGCUCUCUCUGGUCCCACCACCCUGUUAAAGGAAGCCAGCGUCACCAGACCUCUCCCCUGCCGCUCCCUGGGGUGCCAAGGUGGACACCAGGAGAGUGGGGGGCUGAAUUGGCAACACUGGGUCCCGCCCCCGGCUUAACGCUGAAGUCUCAUUGGCUGCUGCAGUGGUGUUUGCAUCUUAUUGUGUGUUCUUUUAUGGAACAUUUCAUGGUUAUGGGAUUAUUUUUUUUCUUGGGGACGGGGAAAGCAGCUUUUCAAAGGGUCCCAUGUUCUCGCUGCCUUUUCAUAUUCCCAUGGUUUGAAUGACGUUCCGCAAAUCAUUCCUUCAUUCUUUAGCAUUCAGUGCAUAUCAGGCAUGUGACCUGUCAUGGCAUCCUCUCUGUGCUGGCCAGCAUCCCACUCUGCUUGCCUAGAGCCUAAAAACAGCGGUGGUGUUUGUGAAGUAUUAAAGGAGGAUACGAAGUAUGCAG